GCUUUUCAAAUGCUGUCACCUUAUAUCUCUCUCUCCUUCAGACAUUCACACAUUCAAAAUCUCUCACACAUUUUUUCCCCUAUCCUCACUUUCUCUCUUUCACUCUCUCACACACACAAAUGUGAACUAACACACUCUGCGGCUUCCCAGGUGAGUAAACAGUGUGUCUCUGUACUUUGGAGUGGUGGAUCUAUCUCUCUGGCACUGAGAUCAGGCUUUGGCUCUACAGUCAAAGCAGACGGACAAUGGACAACGACAAGAUGGCCGGGGCUUGUUUGCUGGCUUUUGUUGCUGUUUUACUGCUGGAGGUGUCCGGACUGGCCGCUGAAAUCACAGAGUCAAACACAGGAGCUGUGUUUGUGUCACAGCAGACGGCAGAUGCGGUGCUGCGUCGCCUGCGCAGGUACAACAGCGGCCAUUUUGAAGAACUUUCAAAAGCCAACCUAGAGCGGGAGUGCAGAGAGGAAACCUGCACGAUGGAGGAGGCCAGGGAGUGGUUUGAGGAUGAUGACAAAACUAUGGCAUUCUGGGCCGGCUACAUUGAUGGUGACCAGUGUAAGCCACCCCCCUGCCAAAAUGACGGUGUGUGUGAAGACGGAAUCAACUCAUAUGUCUGCUGGUGCAAACCAAACUUCAGUGGCAAGAACUGUGAGAUGGAGGUGACCAAGCAGUGUUCAGUCAACAAUGGUGGAUGCUCCCAUUUCUGUGUGAUGAAGGUGGACAUACCCGUGUGUCAGUGUGCAGCUGGUUACAAACUUGGGUCAGACAAGAGGAGCUGUGAACCAACAGAACAAUUCAGCUGUGGUCGUGUGAACAUGUCCUCCACCUCCUCCGGCAGGUCCAUCCUUGCCCCCCGCUCACGCAGUUCCAACGACACCCUGGAGGAUGACUUCAAUGACGAUGAUAUAACACAGCUAUAUGAUGAUUACUAUGACCUCCAUGCAAAUGAUUCAGACCUGUCCAACACCUCUGUGGCCCCUGCAGUGAACAAACGUUCAGUGAGGUCGAUUCUGAACUCCUCUGCAAAUCCAGCGGAGACUAUUGUGAACGGUGGGCAGGCAAGCAGUGCCACUGAAACGCCCACAGAGAAAGAUCAGCUGCCCUACUGGGCUUUCUUCCCCACACUCCCCUCCAUCACAGAAAAAGACAACACAGACCAGAGGAUUGUGGGAGGCGAUCAGGCCAUUCCUGGAGAGAUACCUUGGCAGGUGGCCCUGAUGUCUUUCUCAGCUGUCCUUCAAAGAGCAGAGCCUUUCUGUGGGGGGUCUUUGCUCAGUGAAUUAUGGGUCAUCACCGCUGCCCAUUGUCUGACGGAGGCUCAUGCCACUGGAAGGAAUUUCUUCGUCAGAGUGGGUGAACAUGAUGUGAGCAAGGUUGACGCUCCAGAGCGAGAUCAUCAGGUGGCAGAGGAACAUUUGCACCACAUGUAUAAUGACAAGAUGUCACAGUAUAACCAUGAUAUUGCACUUCUGAAGCUUGCCACUCCGGUGGAACUGUCCCGUGAACGGCAUCCCAUCUGCCUGGGCCCCAAAGACUUCACAGAGAACCUCUUGAGGGAGGCCAGCAGUUCUCUUGUGAGCGGCUGGGGACGGCUUAAGUUCCGUGGCCCCGAGGCCACCAUGCUUCAGAAGCUGGAGGUCCCCUACGUAGAUCGCACCGAUUGUAAGCAGAGCAGCAGGGACCACAUCACGCGCUUUAUGUUCUGCGCUGGCUUCCAAAGUGAACAGAAGGAUUCGUGCCAGGGGGAUAGUGGGGGGCCGCAUGCCACCAAGUACAAAGACACUUGGUUCCUGACAGGCAUCGUCAGCUGGGGAGAGGAUUGCGCCAAGGACGGGAAGUAUGGCAUCUACACUCGAGUCUCACGGUACUACCCUUGGAUCAGUCAGAAAACAGGGCUCCACAUUAUCAAGGAAUAACGCAGCUUUCAGCCAAAGAAACACACAGAAGAAGCCAAGUUUUUCUUCCACUGAAUCAUGUUAAUUUCUUCAAUUAAAUGUAAUAAAAAUAUUGUGAUGAAAUAUUGCAGUAUUAUACCUUGUAGCUCUUCAUCCAGUGUUUCAUUGUAUGCAAGAGCAGAUUGUAAAUGCAAUCCUGAGACGCCAAAUAACAUGUAAAAAUUCUUUAAAUGUCCCUGAAUCUUAAAGGCCCUGCUCACCAGUGUUUCCACUUAUUUGCUGAUUAGACCUUUGCUCAGGUUGACUUUGGGUGGAGCUAUACUGGAAUUACCAAGGCCAGAGUUACUGUCACACUGUUGGGAAAUACCACUGCAGGGCAGGAAAUAGUGUGAACUUAAAAAGCUGUGUGUUUAGCAGCAGCAACAGCAAACAAUGCCCAUGUUUAGAAGUAGAGAUUUGAAGCUUUUACCAGAGGUGGGAUUCAGUCACACGUUUGCAGGUCUCACGUCUUAACCUUCAAGACUCAAGUUACUGUGAUGAGAGUCAAGUAAGUCAAGUCCCUGCUGUAAGUCAAGCAAGACAAGUCAAGUCAUUGGUUGGGUCAAGCAAAUCACAAGUUAAGUCAAAAAAAUGUCAUGAUCUUGUCGAACGUGAGCUUUUUAGCUAACGUUUGAUCAGUCAGUUAGCUAAUAAGUUGAAUAAAAUGAUCCACUUCUC